AUCGGUUGCUUCAGUGCUACGAUGAUGGUCGAUUGUGGACGUCGGUGUCAGCAGAUUCGUUCGUAGUAGGCUAGAACUUGUCGAGGGGAGCAACCAAGCAACCAGAAAAGUGUUUCGGUCAGUGUUGAACAUUGCGCGGGUUAUUAUGAUCAGCAUCGCCAGCUUUACCACCCCAAAAAGUCAAUAUUGAAGUCCUCGGUACAUGUUUUCAUCUUCUUGCUGUUAUUGCUGUCGUUCUUACCAUCGCGGUCGGGUUGUGUUCUGCUGUUGGCUGCUGCCACUGCUGCUCAUAUGGUGAUGUGUUUUUUUUUUCGCUGCUCACACGGGAUGAAAAUGUGUGCCGCGCGGCAUCUCUUCUCUAAGUUGUAGGGCUUAAUACUAGAUGCUUCGGAGGAAACCAGGCAUUUCGUGUUAGAACGCUGACUAAUGUAAACGUGCUGACUGUGCGCAGAAGUGUGUUACUGGGUAUAGUGUUACUGUGCAGCAAAUUGCUGUUGGCCUCAAAGUGUAGUUAGUUAUAGGAGAUAUCCGCGCACUCGCGCCUGUUCAGCCCACUCACCCACACAUCCACCCCGUCAGCUCCCAGCCGUGCUCUGUGCAACCCGUAUCAAGAAGGGAUCAUACGAAUGCAACUCGGUUCACCCAGUGGUAAUUGAUGGCGAAGAGUUCCAAGUGCCGUGAUGUAUCCAUUCCAGUUCUUUUUUUUUCUGCCUCUAAUGAUACAAUUACCCACAACGUGAAAUUAGCGUGUUUGGAUGAAUCGACGCCAGUGUGACGAGUUGAUUGAAAACACAUUUGAUUCCCAACCGCGUCGGGUGAAGAAGAGUCUUGGGUGUUGUGCAGUGAAGCGCGCACCAGUUUUGUGGUGAUCAACGAAAAGGGCGUGACUAUCACGCGCGCACACAUGUGACAAGCAGUGGUCAAAGAGUGUUCGUACCCUGUUGGAAUUUGUCGGUCGGAUUUAAUACAUUUUUUUUAGGUGGAAUAAGUGCAAUUAACGCAGUACAGCCUUUUUUUGGUGAUCUUGAAGAAAAAAAAACAAAAUACAAAAAUCGGGAUAACGAUCGUGGACGAACACAAGCAAGAGCGAAAGCCGAAGAAAGAGGCGAAAGACAGGCCACAAUUAUUCCAAUUCUUGAAAAAAAGGACGGGACCACUCAACAUCUGGCCCCUCGUUGUCGUCACCGCCGCCGUCCGUCCUUUUUCGUUCCGAUGGCAAUGACGCGCCCAAGAAAAACACCACCGCCAAUCCUGAAAUAUGGAUGCGCCUUCCAUGGUCCAACGUGAAGGCGACAAACUGAUCGUGCGGCGUGUCGUUAGCGGAGACGAGGUAUUCCUUAACCAACAGACCAACAGUUCGGCUUCGCCUUCGCCGGCUGGGAAGGAUCGUAGCCAGCAAUCUACGCCUUCCGGUCAAUCGCUUGCCGAGAGUCUGAAACUGUUGUCCGGCGAAGAAGACUUGAGCAGGUUCGGAUUAAUUCUAGAGGACAGUGUGAACAAAGGUGGUGAUCCGGGUGAUAGUGCCGAACAGCAGUUGCCCCAGUGUAAAAUCAAGCGGAACUAUUCGUGUAGUAGUUGUACCUACUUUACGCAGAACCCUCGGAAAUAUCUGACUCAUUUGCGCGAUGUCCACGGCGAAAAGAUCAUUAUCAACGAGUGCAAGAGGUGUCUGUACGCCUCCCGUCACUACCAGAAGCUGGUGCGCCACAUGAAGAUGGUGCACGGCUCUACCGACGGCAUCAAGACACCGUUCAGUUCACGAAGGCGGCCGACCUUCCGAAAAGAGUUUAUCAAGAAAAAGUACAGUAUGAACACUAAUCCGACGGCUAGUGACCUCUAUAAUCAAACCAGUGCGGAAUAUAUCAAUCAACUGAUGAAGUCGGGGUUGAGUAAAAUGUUCGAAAGUGCUAGUGGCGGCGGAAGCGGAGUAGGCGAUGGAGCCCAGGAUAGUUCUCUCUACUUUCCAGCAAACUUCAAGCACGGUCUUACACUGACACCGACGGACCCGACGCAACAGUUAUCGCAGCUGAAGGGCUCAUCAAACAUAAAUAUCUUCACUGAUAACGGCAGUACCUCGUCUCAUGGCGGUGGUGGUGCUGGCGAUUCCAGCAGUCAAGUAAACAACGACGUAUUGGCGAUGUUGCAGCACAAUUUGGUGGACAAAAGUCAGCAGCUUACGAUAACACCGGCAUUGACCAGCAACAGCAGCAGUGGCAGUGGGGAUGCGAUGUUGAAACCAAAGAGAAAAGUUCGUCCUAUUCCGGAUUUGAUUCCGUUACACAGUAUUGGUCGGCUCCACAUGACCGGAGAGAUCGGCAAAACGUACCACCUGAAUCCGGAGGUUACCAUCAAGAGUCGUGUGAUGACAGUGGCAGAUAGUGAUAACAAUAACUCCGUCGAUGAUGAGAGUCCGAUCAAUCUAACUGCUGAUCAAACGGACGAUAAAAGCCUACAGCAUCAAUGCAUUUUCUGUCAAAUUAUGGUUCGAACCACGGAUGACUUGGCACUUCAUCUACGAACUUUUCAUAGUGAAGAACUUUUCGCGUUGCUUCUGCAGAAGAAACCGGAAGACAGUGGACAGCAGGAAAUGCAACUCUACACGGCGGAAAGCCUAACGAUUGACAUUUGGAAGAGGCUAUUGGAAAAUAAUAAAGCGAUUCUGGACGAACAGGAAGCACGUGAAAAUGAGAGUGACAUGCAGUCCGGACAGUUCUCGAACGACGAGGACGAUGCGGAAACCGUUGAGUCUGCCAUCAGCAAAAAUGAUACUUACUGUGGAAUCGAAACCGCUCCGGGUUACGGAGAGGUGACGAAAAAAAUCGUUAUCGAAGAAAAUUCCACCCAAUCGUGCAUCAUGAAGAAGGUCUUCAAAUGUCCGCACUGUUCGUUUUGGGCUUCCACAGCGUCUCGCUUCCACGUGCAUAUUGUGGGUCAUCUGAACAAGAAACCGUUCGAGUGUUCGCUUUGUUCGUAUCGCUCGAACUGGCGGUGGGAUAUCACCAAACACAUUCGCUUGAAGACGAUUCGUGAUCCGAGCCAUAAGACGGCCGGUGUUCUGAUGAACGAUGAAACCGGACGGCGGAACUAUACCAAGUACAACCGGUACAUCACUCUGAUGAAGGUCACCGACAAUAACUACAAAGAAAGUUCGUCCAGCUCAAAGUCGUUGACCGAGACAAACCAGGCCGACUACCUGGCGAUGUGCAAAACCGGUGAAAGUUCACCCAACUUCAACAACUUAACCAAAAUGUACUCCAACGAGGAACUGGCCCAGGCAUUCAAUCUGGCCAACAUGAAUCAGAUGGUUCGUUUUGAGCCCGAGAUGCUACAGUCUCUGAUGGGAAUGCCGAAACCUUUGCCUGCCGAAGACGCUAAGCAGCCUUCAUCGCCACCGAAGGUGACAUUCAAGUGUAGGAAGUGUAAUUUCAAGAAUCCUUUCCGUGAUCUGGUACUGCUUCACGUUAAGUCGACGCAUCUGAACGUGGAUAAGCCGAACAGCGAGGCGGAAAUCGAUUUGCUGACCUGUGACGAAUCCGGUGAACCGGUGGAAAAUUCCGUGGCAAACAGUACGCUUACAGCACCCUCCCCGCUAAGAACACCUUCCUCGCCACUAUCGGUGGUCAGCCCACGACACGAUAGCGGUAACAUCGGCAGCCUGACCGGUGCCUCCACCAGUGCUACACACACUACCACGUCUAGUGCGGUGUCCGGUGGUUCAACCGGAGGCUUCCAUAGUAACAAUUAUACUACUAACGCUACAUUUAUUGGUGUCGGAUUAAAUUAUACUCAAACUGUAGCUAAUGACAAUCGGUUGGGAACUACCUAUACUAUCAGUAAUACUAUUCCUAGUGUCGUGUUUGGUGGUGAGGUGGACAGAACGGUACAUACUGCUACUAGUGCGACUUCCAAAACUACUACUACUACCAUUUGCCCUAGUUCGGCAUCGGCCAGUACUAGCACUAGCAAUACUACUACCACUCCUCACACUGCUAGUACUACUUCUACUACCACUACUACUACAACGGGUGGCAAAGGUGCGUCCAACUCAUGGCGUCCAAGUGCCCCCUAUCGGUGCGGUCAUUGUCAUCAGGUGUCCAAUUGGAAGCAUGUCAUCCAGAGACACUGCCGUUUAAAGCAUAACGGAAACGUGCUGAUCGAGAUGGUCAACGCCACAAAACCGUCGCAAAACGUAACUGAUACACGCAAUUUGAAGAAAGUGAGAAAGCCAUUUCAAUCAUUCGACUCAGUUUCACAGGAUAUCCCCGUACAGCCGGUCACGCUGCACCCGAUAGCAAUCGUCCCGGAAGUCAGCCUCAUCGUCCAGGAAGUGCCGAUCAUUCAACCACCGCCUCUGAUAUUCUCCACCGCCAACAACAACAACAACAACAUCAUCAACAACAGCAGCUUCAUCAGCAGUUCCGUCACUAUCACACCGGCAUCAACGCCUACACCAACCGCUCCGCUGACGUUCAUCAACCUGACGGAAGAACCUUCUUUGGAACCGCCGCAACCAUCGCCGCAAAACCUUCCGACACCGAUGCAGACGGAUAGCGCCUCCACCAGUGAUGUCCCGGACGAACCCGAAGAUCUACCGCCACCACGCGCCAAACGGUACCAGUGCGAAGCCUGUCCCUAUGUAACCAACAGUAGAACCCAGUUCGCUUAUCACAAAUCGUUCCACAAACCACGUGGCGAUCCCUACAAAUGCAAUAUUUGCUCUUACAAUGUUACCAAGAAGCACCUGUUAAUUCAGCACCAGAAAACGCAUGCAGAGAAAAGUGUGUCAACGGUAGCGACAACGGUAGCAACGACCAGUGCCAACACUACAGUAGGCAAUGGAGAACUGUCACUCGUGAUGGGAAACAAAACAAAAUCAAGUGGAUUGACACCGGCCGACAUACUAGAUUUAACGAAAAAAAUGAGAGCCGAAGUAAGCUUGACACCCGCCAGCGAAAGCUCCAACAAAAAGAGUCUGUUCGAUGCGAAAAGGAAGAUUAUCUUUUUCUGUCCAAACUGUCCCGCACGGUAUUUGGAUGAAAGUGAAAUUGUCAUACAUCAAAACAAACAUACGCAAAAGGAAAAGUACCAGUGCGAUCUGUGUUCGUUCUCCACCUGCGACGAGUCUAGCAUAUCAACCCACAAAAACGUCCAUUCGAGUAACUACCACAGAGGAACCGCUGAAAUGCGGAAACUUCACAACGACAGCGAUCGCCAUCCAAAACCUAGCAUGAUCCAAGUAGGCGAACAGGAAAAAUUAUGGGUCGUUGAAAAAGACUACAAGACGCUAAAGUCACCGUCGUUGGAUUUGGAACCGGAACCAAUGAAAACUACCCGUCCCCGUCGAUCUGCACGAGUAAGAAACAAUGCCAACAGCGAUCGACCGCCGGCCAUCGAACCAACCAAGGAACCAAAAGUGUAUAGUUGCGACCAUUGCGAUUACACCGAUAACUCCGAGUGUUCCUUUAAGGAACAUGUUCAAAUUCAUUUCGCCGCCAUACUGUUUCCGAAAGCGAGAAAGGCAGUCAGGGUCAAUGAAACUGGUGAACCGUUUAAGCUGAUUGCUACCGCCGUUGAUAACCCCAAGGACACAUACGUCUUGGAAUACCACACGGAUGAUUCCGUAGACAGUGACACCAGUGAUUGCAACAGUAGCGAUAGGAUAAUCAUUGAAAUUUAAAAACCGAAACCGUAAUACUUGAAUGCACUGCACUGCAAUUUAUUUUUUGUUGAUUUUAGCUAAAAUCACGGAAUCAAACACACCGUAGGAAUAGAAUUUAAACCAGUGCACAGACGACACCUGACCUAGACGUAAGAUAUCUAGUGAUAGUUUCCUUGUAAGUCAAUAAUAAUGAGUGAAGGUUCUUCGUAGUUUGCCAUUCAACCAAAAUUGGAACAAUGAGAAAAUCUCAAACAAGUACAAAUUGCAUAACAAAAAAAAAUAGCUUAAAUAGCAUUCUAGGCAACCAACCAACAGUUCAUUUACUUCCCAACGAUUGCACAAUAGUGUGCAUUUUACCUUAAGUUACACCACAACCUAUACAAAUUAGACACACAGACAUGGGCUUUAAAAUGGUGAAUUGUAAUGAUUUUAGCAAAAUAGUUGUAGACCCUACAGUUAUAGGUCUAAAAGCAUACUUUAGUGAACGUAUUUGAUGCGUUUUUAGAUCGAUGAUGAUUAGUAUUAUUGGGUUAGUAGCGUUGUUAGCACCGUAUAGGAGGAAAACCUACGACAAAUUCCAUUCUAUUACCAGUAACUAUUAGGACCAUACAAUCGGAGCCAAAGUGUAUAAUCAAUCAAAAUUUAUCUAUUUAUCUAUUUAGGAACGCCUAGAAUAAGACAAACGUUUCGUGUCAUACCGUGAAGGCAAAAUACUAAUGACAGUAGUGCGUUUUCAUUGUCAAUUGUAUAUGUAAAUAUAAAAUUAAAUGUAUCAUUUGUUGUUGAAUUUGAUUUAUAGGAAUAUGGCGUUUAAUAAAGAACAUGGUUAUUUAUAUCA